CUACUUCAACUCCCGUGCGUGUAUUAUGGUGUUUGACUUAUUCAAAAUGGCUGCCAUUCAUUAUCUACGAUACUGGACCUUGCUGCAAUCGUGAUGAUUGAAAAGGCAAAGAUGACCGGUGCCCGAAAUCUAUUCUGACAUGUGGAGCACAGAUAUAGCUAAGAGUAGUAUUUCCAGUACAGAGUUAGAAAGUCGGACAACAAUGGAGGACCAACACAACACAGGAGUACCAGUCUAGUUGAGAAGGAAUUGAAGAUGGAGGACAAGAUUGUAAUGCACAGUAUGUACCAACAAAUAAAAGAGGAGUGGGAUAACUGGACACAUGAUUGUAACAGAGAAUCAAACGUCCCAGAUAAUAUGUCUUCUAGCUCUGGUGAACAUGACGGUCAGCAAAUGUACAUAUUACACACACCUGAACUAACAAGUUUCAGCAAACCUCCAGAUGAGGAUGAUGGUCGUGAAGUAACAGAUUUCAGCAAACCUCCUGAUGAUGAUGGUCUUAAAAUAACAGAUUUCAGCAAACCUCCUGAGGAUGAUGGUCGAGGAAGUGAGGAAUCAUUUCCUUACAGUUAUGAACAACAGAAUGGUAGAAAAGAUAGUGUUAUAUCUAAUCAGGAAAAGAUGGAGGACGCCAUUGACACUACCAAUACCAGUACAUCUGACAAGCCCUAUAAAUGUCAUCAUUGCGAGAAAUGUUUCCAAACAAAGAAGAACUUACAGACACAUUCUAAAAUACAUAGCGGAGAAAACACUUUCAUAUGUGGAGUGUGUUUGACAGAAUUUACAUCGUCUAAGAGUUUGACCAAUCAUAUGAGAUCUCACAAGGGUAAGACCUAUAUUUGUGACGUGUGUGGCAAAGGCUUUAGUAUAGCAGUGUAUUAUCAUAAACAUAUUCGCAUGCACAACAGCGAAUUUAAGUGUGACUUAUGUGGUAAAGUAUUAAAAACGGAUAAAAUUUUAAAGAUCCACAUGAAAACUCACAGAAAUGAACGUCCCCACGAAUGUGAGAUCUGUGGUAAGCGAUUUAAUCAAGCUGUAUCGUUACGGAGACAUAAUCUCAUACAUACUGGAGAUCGUCCAUUUAAAUGCGAAAUCUGUGAAAAGGAAUUUGGGGAUCAAGGAACACUUCAGAAUCAUAAAAGAACUCAUACAGGCGAGAAGCCUUUCGCCUGUGAUGUAUGUGGAAAACACUUUAGUCAAAUGGGACAUGUUCGAAAUCACCGGAAGACACAUUCAAAAACUACAGAAAAGCCGUAUAAGUGUAGUUUUUGUGGAAAGGGUUCAACUAGUGCUGGCAACUUACAAAAACAUAUCCGGAUACAUACAGGAGAGAGGCCGUUCAAUUGUGAUAUUUGUGGGAAGGGUUUCACCGAGAUAGGUUCGGUGAAAAAACAUAAACGAGUACACACUGGUGAAAAACCCUACAAAUGUAAUAUUUGUGGGAAAGAAUUUAGUGAAUCUGGGUCGGUUAAGAAACAUAUUCGAAUUCACACUGGUGAAAAACCGUACUUAUGUGACAUUUGUGGGAAAGCUUUCAGUGAAACAAGUGGAUUGAGAGCUCACAGAAUGACACACACGGGUGAAAAGCCAUACAGUUGUGGAUUUUGUGGUGAGAGUUUCAUUCAGGCAGGAAACCUGCAAAGUCAUCUGUUAAAACAUGUUUCUGUCAAUGGGAAAGGUAAAUCAUAUCCUCAAGAACUAGGGCAUCCAGAUUCCAUUAUCCCUCUGACAGAUAAAGGCAUAUAAGUCUAGGUAAUCUGGAUUCUAUUGCUCCUCUGGUAGAUAAUUUUUUAUAAGGGCAUAUAGCUCAUCACACAAUAUUUGUUUUAUUUUGAUAUGAAGUUCCUUACAUACAGCUACAAUGUAUAUUACAGCAACAAAGCAUUUCACAACUGGAGCUGCCGGUUUUCCUAACAGCUUACGCAAAACAUUUUUGCAUAUUCUGUAUCACUUCCUAUAGCUAGGAGGUUAGACAGGACAGUCUUGGUCCCAAGAGAGAAGAUUUUAAAGUUAGAACACGAGGCUUGAAGUGUUUGCAGCUAAAGAAUGUUACCCAGAGGGUUUAGAUUUCCCUGUCUAAUUACUCCCAAGGGGAUGAAUGAUGAUUUUUCUCAUAAUUUGCCCUCUUAUAUAUAUUGAUGUUACAUCAAGGCAAUGCAUUGUAUUGUUGGAGAGACAUUGUAUUGUUGGAGAGACAUUGUAUUGUUGGAGAGACAUUGUAUUGUUGGAGAGACAUUGUAUUAUUGGAGAGACAUUGUAUUGUUGGAGAGACAUUGUAUUGUUGGAGAGACAUUGUAUUAUUGGAGAGACAUUGUAUUGUUGGAGAGACAUUGUAUUAUUGGAGAGACAUUGUAUUGUUGGAGAGACAUUGUAUUGUUGGAGAGACAUUGUAUUGUUGGAGAGACAUUGUAUAUUGUUGGAGAGACAUUGUAUUGUUGGAGAGACAUUGUAUUGUUGGAGAGACAUUGUAUUGUUGGAGAGACAUUGUAUUGUUGGAGAGACAUUGUAUUGUUGGAGAGACAUUGUAUUGUUGGAGAGACAUUGUAUUGUUGGAGAGACAUUGUAUUGUUGGAGAGACAUUGUAUUGUUAGAGAGACAUUGUAUUGUUGGAGAGACAUUGUAUUGUUGGAGAGACAUUGUAUUGUUGGAGAGACAUUGUAUUGUUAGAGAGACAUUGUAUUGUUAGAGAGACAUUGUAUUGUUGGAGAGACAUUGUAUAUUGUUGCCAAGACAUUGUAUUGUUGCUAUGACAGUGUACAAUUGUUAGCAACGGGUACUCCCCUCAUCUCUGAGGUUGAGAUCAGGAAAUCUUGCAUUGUUUAAAUGAAAAAGAAAUAAUUUAUCUUUGUCAAGGGCAAGUAUUAUGUGACAAAGUCUAAUUCAAGACAAAUCUGAAAAGAAGAAAUUAUAGAGUAUAUGAGUAUCAGCAUUAGAUCAAGUUAACUAUAGAUUUUUAACACAUGUACAGUAACAAAUUAUUCUUUGUAGAUAUUUACCAGUAUAUCAAAACUACAUACAUGUACAUUGUAAAAUAUUUCAAAAUUGUUCAGUUCCAAUGCAUUACCUCCCCUUGUGGAUCACGGGUCAGAAAGAAAUGGAAUAUGACAAUGACAUUAUUUUAAUUAUGGCAUCAUUUAGAGCCAAAUAUGGAAUGAAAGUACCAGUAAUGUAUACACUAAUUAUAUACGAUUCUCACAGUUGUACACAAAAUCAACACUUCAGCCAGUAUGCUUCAGUGAGGUAGCACUAUAAAUCGGCAAAAGUUCCGGCCUAUCACAAGGAGACUUAACACAAACAUACCGCAGCUUCCCAAAACACACAUACG